ACUAUAAAAUGCGCCCUUAUUGACGUCAGCCUUCUCUUUCCCCGGCCUGUCCUCGCUGUAGAGGACGUGUAAAGUACCGGCUUUUUGUUUCUCUUACCAUCGAUUCUAGAGAAUCGUGAGAAAUCCUUCACCAUGGUGAACUUCACUGUAGACCAGAUCCGUGUCAUCAUGGACAAGAAGUCCAACAUUAGAAACAUGUCUGUAAUUGCACAUGUUGAUCAUGGGAAAUCCACUUUGACAGAUUCUCUUGUGUGCAAAGCUGGUAUUAUUGCUUCUGCUCGUGCCGGUGAGACUCGUUUCACAGACACCAGAAAAGAUGAACAAGAACGUUGCAUCACCAUUAAAUCUACUGCCAUAUCUCUGUUUUAUGAACUUGGUGACAAUGAUUUGGCCUUCAUUAAGCAAAGCAAGGAUGGUAAUGGCUUCCUUAUUAACUUGAUUGAUUCACCUGGGCAUGUGGAUUUCUCUUCUGAAGUGACUGCUGCCCUUCGUGUUACAGAUGGUGCCUUGGUGGUUGUUGACUGUGUCUCUGGGGUAUGUGUACAAACAGAAACUGUACUGCGUCAGGCCAUUGGUGAACGUAUUAGGCCUGUGCUGAUGAUGAACAAGAUGGACCGUGCUCUCUUGGAACUACAACUAGGUCCUGAAGAGCUUUAUCAAACAUUCCAACGAAUUGUGGAGAAUGUGAAUGUUAUUAUAUCCACCUAUGGAGAGGAUGAGACUGGCCCAAUGGGAUGCAUCAUGGUUGAUCCCAUUUUGGGAACUGUGGGCUUUGGUUCUGGCCUGCAUGGUUGGGCGUUUACUCUAAAACAGUUUGCCGAGAUGUAUGUUAUGAAGUUUUCUAAAGGAGAUGCACAGAUGACUCCCGCUGACCGUGCCAGAAAGGUGGAAGACAUGAUGAAGAAACUGUGGGGUGACAAGUAUUUUGAUCCAGCCGCUGGAAAGUUCAGCAAAGCUCCAAAUAGUCCAGAUGGCAAGAAGCUUCCAAGGACAUUCUGUCAGCUGGUUCUGGACCCUAUUUUUAAGGUUUUUGAUGCAAUCAUGAACUUCAAGAAGGAUGAAACUGCAAAGCUCGUUGAAAAGUUGGACAUCAAACUUGACAGUGAAGAUAAAGAUAAGGAGGGCAAGCCUUUAUUAAAGGCUGUUAUGCGCCGUUGGUUACCUGCUGGAGAUGCUUUGCUUCAGAUGAUUACUAUUCAUUUGCCGUCCCCUGUUACUGCUCAGAAAUAUCGCUGUGACUUGCUGUAUGAAGGACCUCCUGAUGAUGAGGCUGCUAUGGGCAUUAAAAAUUGUGACCCCAAGGGACCACUGAUGAUGUACAUUUCCAAAAUGGUGCCUACUUCAGACAAAGGUCGGUUCUAUGCAUUUGGACGUGUGUUCUCUGGUACAGUUUCCACUGGACUUAAAGUCAGAAUUAUGGGACCAAAUUAUACUCCUGGCAAGAAGGAGGAUCUCUACAUAAAGCCUAUUCAGAGAACCAUUCUGAUGAUGGGUCGCUAUGUUGAGCCAAUUGAAGACGUUCCCUGUGGAAACAUAGUUGGGUUGGUUGGCGUUGAUCAGUUCUUGGUUAAGACUGGCACAAUCACCACAUUUGAGCAUGCACACAACCUGAGAGUCAUGAAGUUUAGUGUCAGCCCUGUUGUGAGAGUGGCAGUUGAAGCAAAGAACCCAGCUGACUUGCCUAAGCUAGUUGAGGGUCUGAAGCGUCUGGCCAAGUCUGACCCUAUGGUUCAGUGUAUAAUUGAAGAAUCGGGAGAGCACAUAAUUGCAGGAGCUGGAGAGCUGCACUUGGAAAUUUGCCUUAAGGAUUUAGAAGAGGACCAUGCUUGCAUUCCCCUCAAGAAAUCUGACCCUGUUGUGUCUUACCGGGAGUCUGUUGCUGAAGAAUCCAGUCAGCUUUGUCUUUCUAAGUCUCCUAACAAGCACAAUCGUCUGUUUAUGAAGGCCCGGCCAUUCCCAGAUGGCUUGGCUGAAGAUAUAGAUAAAGGUGAUGUUGCUGCUCGACAAGAGCUGAAACAGAGAGCACGAUAUUUGGCAGAGAAGUAUGAAUGGGAUGUCACAGAGGCAAGGAAGAUUUGGUGCUUCGGACCAGAUGGUACUGGACCUAACCUCCUGAUUGAUGUUACAAAGGGUGUUCAGUACCUCAAUGAAAUAAAAGACAGCGUGGUAGCUGGAUUCCAGUGGGCUACCAAGGAGGGUGUGUUGUGUGAGGAAAACAUGAGAGCAGUGCGUUUUGACAUACAUGAUGUGACACUUCAUACAGAUGCCAUUCAUCGUGGUGGUGGUCAGAUCAUUCCAACAGCAAGAAGGGUACUCUAUGCCUGUGCGUUAACAGCACAGCCUAGGCUUAUGGAGCCAAUUUACCUUGUUGAAAUUCAGUGUCCUGAGCAGGUGGUUGGUGGCAUUUACGGUGUGCUGAACAAAAAACGUGGCCAUGUCUUUGAAGAAUCACAGGUGGCUGGUACACCAAUGUUUGUGGUCAAAGCUUACUUGCCAGUAAAUGAGUCUUUUGGUUUUACAGCUGAUCUGAGGUCCAACACUGGUGGCCAGGCUUUCCCACAGUGUGUGUUUGAUCACUGGCAGAUUUUGCCUGGUGACCCUUUUGACCCUACUGCCCGCCCUUUUCAGGUUGUUGCAGAAACACGAAAACGAAAGGGUCUUAAAGAAGGCAUUCCAGCUCUGGACAAUUAUCUAGACAAGUUGUGAAACUUCAAAUUGCUGGUCGGACCAAAAAAAUAUUUGAGUAAUUGCCUUUGAACUGAACUCUGGAUGAGGAAUUGGGCUAUACUGAAGUUAAAGUGCACUAGUUUAAAUCUGUAAUCCUUUGUUUUUAAAGGUUAUAGACUUGCUGUCAUUUUGCUGCCCUUAGUGCACAGUGAGGGACCUUUUAUGCCACUCUGAACGUUCCAUUUUGUUUAACUUAAAGUGGUCAGUUCAUAUUUAUUGAAAAUAUAAUCUGCAUACUUGAAUCUGCAGUGUUGGGGCUGUUAAAUAUGAGCAUAUGGUGUACAUUCAGCAUUAGUGGACCAGCAUUGAGCUAAUGGGUGGGAGAGGCUUGAUCAUGGAUGUAUAAACUCCAUCUUUGCAAGCAUUAAGCAGAUGUUAGUGGUGUCUAAGAAAUAAAAUCUUAAUGGCGAUCAUA